CCUCCUUUGCACCGGGCACCUGAGCGCUGGCCAAAUUCGGACGAAAAUCACCUCAAGACUUGUGCACAUCAGACGAACCCAAGGAUAAGGCAUUCCCUUUCGCUACCUCUGCACGUCCGCUAUUAGGCGGAUGCCUGCGAUCGACAUGCUCGAAGGCUAUCCUAACCUUAGCAAUGUCCGACAAUGUUAAUGUCCCUCGAUGAGAUCCGCAAUGUCGUUCUUUUGUUCAGCAAUCCAUCCUGGAGGGGGGGCGGGACGGUCUCGAGUACCGUCAUUAGGAACAUUACAGCGUUAUCAAGCCAGAUGGCGUACUCGGCCCAUUUCACCGGAAACACCACUGUGCUGUCCACUAGGUAUGCCGUCGCUGCGAACGGUGGCCUAUCCGGCCUGCUCUACGUUCCGGACCUGCCGUCCGGCAAUCCGUGCGUAGAGGAGACUGCGCCGUACGUUCCUAUCACUGCAGUCCGGCAAUCCGACCUUCCGCCCACGAAUUAUCACCUGAUCGCCAUUGCGCCUUGGGUGAGCGACCGCUGUGCGAGCGUCUACAUGGCCAGUGCCCGUACCGCUCCUGUGCGGGCAUUCCUCUUCUACAUGCCAGGGGAUGAUUCGAUUUCGCCACCACCGGCUGAAUCUCCGGAAUGGUACAUUGAGGAUGAUGCCGACUGGACGACUCAAACGAACUACCCGGUCUUUGCUGUGUCUAGCAUGGUCGGCGAGGUCAUGAUGCAACAUCUGAGUCUUUAUUCGGGGAACAUGACCCAGGUACCAUUCGGCCAGAACAUCACGGACCGCUUCCUAACCGACCCCGAGGACUACCUCCGGAUAUGGACCGAACUCAUUGUCAGCAAGCCACCCUCGGCUUUUGGCACCUGGGUCUACGUUCUCAUCAUCGCCGGUGUCCUGCUCAUUGUUAUCUGCGGCACUUCACUUCUUAUGCACCUUGUUCAAGCUCAACGGCGAGCCGCAUUGCGGAGUCGGGUCCUUGCCGGGCAGGUCAACUUGGAAGCCAUGGGCAUCAUGCGGCUAACGGUGCCACGGGACCACAUUCAAAAAUUCCCCCUGUUUACAUAUCAUUACGAGCCGGAGUUCAGCAGUCCUCCGCUAUCGCCACAAACUGCAGAGAUUGGCCAGUCCCGGACCAGAUCACGCAGUCUUAGUCAAAACCAAGCAGACACUGCGACGGCGAGCCGCGUUGCGCGGACCGUCGCUGUUUCCGAGCUCGGCGCUAGCGGUGCGUUUCCGGCGUCUAGCACUGCGACGGACUACCAACCGAACUGUGAAAUCUGUUUGGAGGCGUACGAAAAUCGGGUAACGAUUAUCCGUGAACUGCCAUGCGGCCAUAUAUUUCACCCUGACUGCAUCGACGAGUUCUUGCACGAAGUCAGCUCUCUCUGUCCCAUCUGCAAAGCCAGUAUGCUUCCCGAGGGAUACUGCCCUAAAAUCACCAAUGAUAUAGUGCGCCGGGAGUAUGGCAUCAGACGGUUACGCGGGCGUGUCGACGUACUCGAGGCCGACAAUGAACCGAGCCCGGAGAAAAGUCAAGGCUGGUUGGCGACGGCCAAACGUAGAUUGUUCACCGUGAACAGCCGUCCGGUGCCUUCAAGCCCGACUGAACUGCAGGAAAUACAACAACGAAGCCAAAGACGCCCAUCACGGGGAGGGCAACCACGAUCGCAAUCAACCUUUCAAGAAGGUGCGGAUUCUCGGAGGACGCGCACAGCAUUGGCGAGAGAACGUAUGCGUGAAUUGGCCGGGUUUCAACCGGACUAUGGGGAUAGCAGAUCGACGAUGUGGCAACGAAUACGAAUGAGGAUAUUUCCUGGCUUCCAUUGAACUGCCACACUGUACUCAUUUAUUAGGAAUUUGGUUUGAGGACGGAAUCGAAUGCAAGAUACCCGGCUGGUUUUCAACUUGGCGAUGUCUUGUUACCUGUAGGUAUAUCAUGUGUUGUAUUUGGUCAAGUGAUGUGGCUUGAUGCGGUCACUCUGCGACCCAUCCGCGAACCGUGAAGAACUGGUCGAUAUGGUGAAUCAGAACAAGCAAGAAUCUAACAUUUUAUCCUCAGAGCCAGCUAGCUA